AAUCCAUGUCUUUCCCACCUUAUCUGGUUGAGCAAUGGCCACUCCUUCAGCGCUUGAAACGGGACUGCGUCAAAAGCGAACGGCCGUAAAGUUGCAAGGAUUCGCUCUUCUGCAGCUGAGCUUCCAAGCAUUGGGGAUUAUCUACUCAGAUAUAGGCACUUCACCCUUAUACGUUCUCAAUGGUCUCUGGCCUUCGACCGGCGAGGUACCAUCGAAAGAGGACGUCAUUGGUGGAGUCAGCGCUAUCAUAUGGUCGAUAACUAUUCUCCCAUUGGUCAAGUAUGUCUUCACUUCACUUAGAUUCGCUACACAAGAAGGCGAGGGAGGUUCUUUUGCUCUCUAUCAAGGUCUCUACCCUCCCAAGGAGAAAGACUUCGAAGCCGACCGUACGCUUACCGGUGAUUACGGGAGAGAACUUAGGCGGAUGUCACCAAGUCCGGUAAAUGCAACGUUAAAGGAGAAACUACGAUGGCCCCUACUACUUUGGUGUCUCUUCGGAACGGCGUUGACUAUGGCAGAUGGCAUGUUCACGCCUGCGGUAUCGGUCACUAGUGCUGUCGGAGGUAUCGCGGUAGCCAAACCCUCUGUUUCCCACAACAUCGUCCCUAUAUCGAUAGCUUUCCUGCUCGUGAUUUUCUUUGUACAGCAAUUCGGGACAGCGAGAUUGGCGGUAACGUUCGGUCCCAUAUCAUUCAUCUGGUUUCUAUUACUCGCGGGGACCGGGAUAUAUAAUAUCACUCUAUAUCCGGGUAUUUUCAGGGCCUUUGACCCUUCUCGAGGUGUCCUCUUGUUUGUACGCACGAAAGACUACGAUAUUCUUGCCGGUGUACUUCUAGCCAUCACAGGCUGCGAAGCUAUUUUUGCAAAUGUCGGGCAGUUCAAUGCACUAUCAAUCCAGAUUUCAUUUGCUUGCUUCGUAUACCCCUCCCUUCUCUUGGCUUAUCUGGGUCAGGGAGCAGCACUUAUCACCAAUGGCCAGAGUGUCUUAGGAAACGUGUUCUACCAAAGCAUCCCUGGUGGACAGAAUGGACCUCUUUUUUGGAUCAUGUUUCUUUUUGCCAUUCUAGCCACGAUAAUCGCAUCUCAGGCGAUGAUUACAGCGACGUUCAGUCUCUUACAACAGAUCAUCAGCAUGAAGAGUUUUCCUCCCCUCCGCCUGGUGUAUACAUCUGAGACUAUACAAGGACGAGUCUACAUCCCAGCCAUCAAUUGGACUCUCAUGAUCGGAACUAUCGUCCUGGUGGCCGCGUUCUCCGACCUGGCGAAAUUGACAAAUGCGUAUGGCUUUGCUGUCGCGACUGUCAUGCUUUCCACUACCAUUCUACUCUCGUUCCAAAUUCAUUACGUGAAGAAAUUGCCAAUUAUCAUCGCCUUCCUGUAUUUUCUCUUUUUUGGCUUUUUCGAUGGGCUUUUUUGGGGUGCCUCGCUCAAGAAAAUUCCCCAUGGGGCGUGGGUACCAUUAACGAUAGGGAUUUGCAUAGCCAUACUAAUGUGGUUAUGGACUUGGGCGAAGGGUCUCGAGGAUGCAUUCGAUAGUCAAAAUCGGCAGAACCUGAAAGAUUUUAUCCACAAGGACGAGAAAUCUAGCGUUACCUUUCAUUUGGACGGUAACGCUGUGAACGACAUCGCAGAAGGCGAGGGAGACGAUGACGAUGACGAUGAUACCUGCAGCAUAUCAAGGUACUAUUAUGUCCCGCAUCCGUCUGAGACGACCGGCAGCGCCGCGGAUUGUGAAACUCCUGAUGCUCUGUUGAAACAACGAGAGCUUGUCCGCAUACCGACAUGUGCUGUGUUCCAUAAGAUUACGGAAGGGCAGGGUGUUCCGCAUAGUUUCAUCGGGCUCAUAAGACAAUGGCCUGGCCUUCCUGAAGUCCUCAUCUUUCUCUCCGUCUCCGUUUUGCCAGUUCCCAGGGUUCCUGUGAUGGAGAGAUAUGUAGUAUCUCGGGUUCGUUCAAUCCAAGGCUUCUAUGGUGCCACAUAUUAUAUCGGGUAUAGAGAUAACUUCGACGUGAAGGUUGAUGAUUUGCUUGAAAGAAUAUGUGCUCUGGAGGCACAUGCGGAUCCUCAGAACUGCAGUCGUAUAGUUAAGCGCAUCAAAGAGGUAGGGGGGAACACUACGCAUAUAGUGCCACAUUACCAUGUUGUCAGUAAACAUGUCGACGUCGGGAAAUUCUCUCUUGUCAUCAAUUUUCUGAGAAGAUACUUGAUCGAGGAGAUUUACCGUCGUUUAGCCACCAUGUUCCCUGAAACAGCCAAUUGGCUUACCUCUGCAGACGAGAUUAUUCAUGUCGGUAUCAAUGCGCCAAUUUGAACUUCGAAUAUUAUAAUCCGGUAAAUUCUGUGUGUGGUUGUUAGAACUUGUUUUUCUCGGGGUUAGUAUAUGAUUAAGCAGUUGUCGACAUGUGUCUGUAUGAACUAGAAGAUAGCGCAGUCGAUGAAGGGGAAUACCUACGCGUCUCGACUCGAAAUCUCAAAUCUGUUAAUGUCCUUGCACUGGCAGUUUAAGUCUUCUUGAAUUUACUGCAUUCUCAGAAAAGGAAUGUCGUCUGAGCAAAACGAUCCUUGCGGUCCUGAAUACAUAUCCAC